UUCAUGAACCUGACUACCAAACAAAUUCCUGAUUUUGUGACCAAACUAUUAUCAUUAGGUCCUAAAUUUUCUCUUCCAUAUGAUAUUAAAGAUUUCCCUUGGUUGGAUUUGUUGUCGGAUAUUGAAAACUUUAUUAUGUCUCAUGAUAGCCUUAAUAAUGAUGAUAAGAAUGGUUUACGUGCAACAUUAUGUAAUAUAAUCUACGGUUUUUAUAAGAACUUCAAAACCAAUUCAUCUGAUAUUUUUCACAGAUAUUUACUGUACAUUUUCAAGAAAACUCGUAAUUACCUCAAAAACAAUCCAGACAUAUAUGUGGUUAAUGCUGACAAGGGCAACAAAACUGUUUUAAUAGAUAGAGUUGAAUAUGAACAAAAAAUGAUGGAUUUGCUUUCGGAUUCUGUAACGUAUAAGCCUCUUAAAUCGGACCCAACAAUCAAGAUCCAGGUUGAAUCUAACAAACUUGUCAAACAUUUAGAAACUUGUUUGCUAAUAACAGAUAGUGAAGGAAAAAAGUUGAGAAAGUAUAAUUCCAUUCCCCCUAAAAUUUAUGGUCUAGUUAAAGUUCAUAAGGUAGGUUAUCCACUGAGACCGGUAGUAUCUUGUUGUAAUGCACCUACAUAUAAUAUUUCGAAGUUUCUUUGCGCUAUGUUGGGAAAAAUCAGACCCUUAUUCUCGUACUCGAUUAAAAACUCUGUCGAUCUCAUUUCUAGAAUUGGUACUAUACCAGACAUUCCUGAGGGGUAUGUCUUGAUAAGCGUGGAUGUGAAAUCUCUUUUUACGAAUAUUCCCCAAGAUCUAGUGAUACGGUUGUUACAUGAAAACUGGCCUGUAUUCAAGAAUUUUAUAGAUAUUCCUCUAGAUAUCAUCGUUACGAUAGUCAACUUCGUGUUCAAAAAUAGUUAUUUUCAGUAUAAUCGAAAAUUUUAUGCACAGGUCAGAGGCUCGGCUAUGGGAAACCCGGCUUCACCGAUUUUAGCUGAAUUAAUUAUGAACAAUCUCAUCAAGUUUGUUCUGUUGUCAUUGGACUUUUUUAUACCUUUUAUCUUUGUCUAUGUUGAUGACAUAAUCAUGGCGGUCCCUCGUGAUAAAAUAGAAAUUGUUUUGAGAAUUUUUAACAGCUUUCAUUGUGACCUACAAUUCACACAUGAAAUUGAAGAAAAUGGUAGAAUUCCGUUUUUGGAUGUCUGGAUCAUAAGAGAGGGCGGACACUUGAAGACCGAUUUAUACUCUAAGCCUAUUGCUUCUCACAGAACAUUACAUUUCAGUUCGUUACAUACCACAUCCCAAAAAAUUGCAAUAAUCAAAUCCAUAAGACAUAAGAUCCUCGGUAUGUCUCACGAGUCAUUCCAUACAAAAAAUUUUAUAGAGCAAGCAACUUUACUCAUUCAGAAUGGGUACCCGAGAAGCCUUGUUAGUAGAAUUUUUCACACUUCUACUCCUAUGGUGACUCCUAGUUGUCCACCUGACUCGGAUGGUGCUGAUAAAAAGUACAAUAAACUUAUUUAUAUACCGGGAUUAAGCCAGAGGUUGAUAAAAGUUAUGAGGAAUUCGUCAUCAAUUAUCGUCUCAUAUUAUAAUAAGACCGUCAGAAAACUAUUUUCCCAACUUAAGGACAGGGAUCCGGAUUACAGGCAAUCGGGUUUGGUUUACAGAGUCAAUUGUAAAGAUUGUACAGGUACAUAUAUCGGACAAACUAGACAGUAUUUUGGUACCAGGAUUAAACAACAUCAAUCAGAUUGCAUGAAACAAUCCAACACAACUGCGCUUGCACAGCAUGCCAUGUCUGAGGGACAUCAGUUUGAUUUUGAUGACGCGAAAAUUCUGACCAGGGAGAACAAUUGGUUCAAACGUAAUUUCAAAGAGAUGCUCUUCAUCAAGAGACACCCGAAUUCAAUCAAUGCGCGGUCUGAUAUAGGUUCACUGAACAUCGUAUAUUCGAACCUGAUUAAAGAAAUAAAAUUAUAAUCUUCAUGACAUAUCACUUUCCAUCUGGUGCAGUUCUGUGUUACAUUCGAAUGGAUGAACCUGCGACCGAUACGUCAGAGAGUUUGUUUGGAUCCCCGAGAUGAAAGAAAAUUGUUAUUUUUAUUUUCUCCACGAAUUUGAAUUUCUUCAAAUGAUUCACAUCGUAAUUUCUUAUUCACAAGCCUGAGGAAGGGAAUAAAUUUCCCGAAACGUUGCUGCUGAAUAAAUUAUACAUAAAUA